AUGGCUUCUUCUUCUACUUCAACCCCUACCCCUCCCAAGAAAUAUGACGUCUUCCUUAGUUUCAGAGGAGAAGACACUCGUUGUGGUUUUACCAGCUACCUCUAUGAUGCUUUGAAGCGGAAACAAAUCCUAACCUUCAUAGACAAUGAGCUUGUGAGAGGAGACGAAAUUUCGCCUUCACUUUUGAAAGCAAUUGAAGAGUCCAAGCUUUCUGUGAUUAUUUUUUCUGAAAACUAUGCAUCUUCAAAAUGGUGCUUAGAGGAGCUUGUACAGAUUCUUGAAUGUAGAAACAAUAACGGACAGAUAGUUGUUCCUGUUUUCUACUUGGUUGAUCCGUCUCAUGUUAGAAAUCAAACAGGAAGCUUUGGAGAUGAAUUUGCGAGACUAAUAGAGGAGAAAGCUUUGGCCAUGAACAACGUGCAGAGCUUCAGAAGCGCUUUAAAGGAUGCGGCCAAUCUAUCAGGGUGGGGCUUAGGGAAGUCUGA